AUGCCCGUUAAACUAUUAAAUAAAGGUAGUAUUAUCAUAAUUCUCCUACCGAAGAUUAUAAAUGGCAGCAUCGCAGGCAUCGUCGGUGUUUCGGUGGUGUUCCCACUGGAUCUGGUUAAGACGCGGCUGCAGAACCAAACCGUAGGACCUAAAGGCGAGAAACAGUAUAAGAGUAUGUUAGAUUGUUUCAAAAAAACUUAUGCGGCGGAGGGCUACUUCGGAAUGUACAGAGGUUCUGCAGUCAAUAUUCUGCUCAUCACGCCAGAGAAAGCAAUCAAGCUAGCUGCAAACGACAUGUUCCGGUUCUAUCUCACUCUUCCUGAUGGAUCACUACCUGUAGUACGUCAGAUGGCAGCUGGUGGAUUGGCCGGUGCCUGUCAGAUCAUCAUCACCACGCCCAUGGAGCUGCUUAAAAUUCAGAUGCAAGACGCGGGUCGAAUAGCAGCGCAAGCUAAAGCUGAGGGCCGUCAAAUAGAACGUAUAACGGCGACACAGCUCACUAAAAAGCUGCUCAGAGAGCGCGGUAUAUUCGGUCUUUACAAGGGAAUCACCGCGACCGCUUUUCGGGACGUCUCCUUCAGCAUCGUUUAUUUCCCGUUGUUCGCCGCGCUCAACAACCUCGGAUCUAAGGACUCCCGUGGACCGCCUUUUUGGUGGUCAUUCAUUGCUGGCUGCGCUUCUGGUUCAGUAUCGGCGCUGGUAGUAAACCCAAUGGAUGUUGUGAAGACGCGAAUGCAGACACUUACUAAGGGCACCGGUGAACGGCAGUACUCCUCCAUAUUGGAUUGUGUAGUAACGACAAUGAAACACGAAGGUCCAACGGCUUUCUUCAAAGGUGGGGCGUGCCGUAUGAUGGUUAUCGCUCCACUGUUCGGUAUAGCCCAGGCUGUAUAUUACAUAGGCAUAGGAGAGGCAAUACUAGGUCUCAAGCCUUAA